AUGGACGUCCCCGCCUUCGAGAACAAAAUCGAACGCAUGUGCCAGGAGCGAGUGAUUCCGGGUGUUCUUUGUAUCGCGAGUGAUACCACUGGCUCCUUUCAAUAUAAAAAGGCCUUUGGCGUGCGUACACUCAAAGAGGACACACCGCAUGAUCUGUUGAAAGUAGAUGCCACAAUGUGGCUCGCCUCGUGCACGAAGCUUAUUGGGACGAUUGCGGUUAUGCAACUUGUGGAGCAGGGGAAGAUAGGGUUGGAUAGUGAUAUCACUGAAUUCAUCCCAGAACUUAAGGGGUUGGAAAUAUUGAAGGGGUUUGAAACUAUCGAUGGGGUGGAAACGCCGAUUUUGGAGGGGAAUGAGAGAGUUAUAACGUUAAAGAUGUUACUAACCCACCAAUCCGGCCUCUCCUAUCAAUUCUUCAACCCAAAUAUAAUCAAACACCGUGCCCUAACCGGCGGAGAAACACCCGCAAUCUACAUGACAUCCCCCGAUCUCAUCUCAACCUUCAAAACACCACUUACCUAUGUCCCGGGCGAGGGCUGGGAAUACAGCAGCGGCAUCGACUGGGCCGGCCUAAUCGUCGAACGCAUCUCUGGCAUGGAGUUAGAGACGUACUUUCAAAAACACAUCUGGGAUCCCCUAGACGUCCGUAGUAUGACAUUCUUCCCUGCCCAGCACCCAGAGAUCGCGGGGAAAUUAGUCGACAUGAGUCUCCGCGCCGGCGGCAGCACAGCGAUGGGCACGGCGGUGGAUCCGAACGGGAAGAUGGAAUAUACGACUGACACGGUGUGGAAUCCGGAUAUGAAAUUCGCGUCCGCGGGCGCGGGAUUGUAUGGCGCACCGCUCGACUACCAGAAACUCCUGCAUAGUCUCUGCGUCGGGGAUGAGAAGAUCUUGGAAAAUGCAACGCUGGAUCUGAUGUUCCAAGACCAUCUGGCGCCGGCGGCGAAAACGGCGUUUGAAGCCACGCUAGAGGUGAAGGAGUUGCGUGCUGUGUACGGGGUUAGGGAAGGUCAGAAAGUGUCGUGGGGGAUUGGAGGGAUGGUGUAUUUGGAGGAUGUGGAGGGGGGGAGGAGGAAGGGGACGAUGAAUUGGGGUGGGUAUCCGGGGUUGUUUUGGUUUUGUGAUAGAGUUUCGGGAGUGUCGGGGGUGUUGGCGAGUCAGAUUAUUCCGCCCGGGGAUGAGGUGUUUAAGGGGGUUAUGGAGGAGUGGGAGGGGGUAGUUUAUAGGAAUGCUGGGAAGGUGUAG